ACAACCAUGACCCUGGAUGACAACACAAAAUGGCUCCUGUGGGUAGCCAAGCAGUUUGAGAAUAUCGCUGGUGACAAUAAAGAAAUCAGCCUGGAACAAUUCAAAACGGCACUUAAAGUGAAGGAGUCUUUUUUUGCUGAGCGGUUCUUUGCUUUGUUUGAUUCCGAUGCAAGUGGAACCAUCAGCCUGGAUGAGCUCCUGAAAACCUUAAAACUGCUGGUCCAUGGGAAUGAAACCGACAAGCUCCAAUUCCUCUUCCAGGUCUACGAUGUGGAUGGCGGUGGCUCCAUUGAACCCGAUGAAUUCCGCAUGGUCUUAAAAGCCUGCCUGAAAGAGAGCUCAAUCUCUCUGCCUGAAGAGAAGCUGGAUGACCUGACAGGGGCUCUUUUUGAGUCAGCAGAUUCCGAUAAAAGUGGAUCCGUAACCUUUGAGGAGCUGAGAAGGGAACUGCAGGGUUUUCCAGAAAUCAUGGAGAACUUAACAAUAAGCGCUGCAAGUUGGUUAAAGCCGCCCACAGCUCCCCGGAAGAGCCAAACCCCCCAUAUCUUGAGUCCUGUGUAUUGGCACAACAACAAGAACAAGCUCCUUCUGCUGGGUGGCUAUGCCUGUGUGAACAUCAUCCUCUUCAUCUUGGCUGCCCUAAAGCAGGCUGGCUCGGGCAUUUGGAUCGUGGUGGCCAGAGGCUGUGGGCAGUGCCUGAAUUUCAACUGCGCAUUCAUACCGGUCCUCAUGUUACGCCGAUCUCUGACUUGGCUAAGGACCACCUGGGUAGCCAAAGUUUUGCCCCUGGACCUGAACCUCGUCCUGCAUCAGCUGAUGGGCUACAUGGUGGGGGCUCUAACUCUCCUUCACACGGGAGCUCACAUCAUCAAUUUUGCGAGGCUGUCUCAGGCCCAAGGAGGGUAUCAUCUCUGGGAAUACCUUUUCACCACCCGGCCUGGCAUUGGAUGGAUUCGUGGAACUGCCUCUCUUACGGGUCUCCUCCUGCAGCUCCUCAUCUCCCUGAUGCUCGUGUGUUCCACCACCCUGGUCCGCAGGAGUGGCCAUUUUGAGGUCUUCUACUGGACUCACCUUUUCUACGUCCCCAUCUGGGCUUUGCUGAUUGUUCACGGUGCUAAUUUCUGGAAGUGGUUUGUGAUCCCUGGAUCUCUCUUCCUUGGAGAGAAGGCCUUUGCAGCUGCUUUGUCACGUGUCGGUGGCUUGUACAUUGUGGAGGUCAACCUUCUUCCCUCCAAGGUGACUCAUUUGGUGAUUCAAAGGUCCCCCUUUUUCCACUACAAACCUGGUGACUACGUGUACCUGAAUGUUCCGCCAGUGUGUGAACAGAGCAGCUAA